AUGGGAGGCCAGGAGACGGACGACCUGCUAAAAGAGGCACUCAAAGGGGACGGCUCGCAACCGCCGGUGGACCUGCCCGAGCUGAGCGCUGACAUGGCAAAGUUUUUUGACCUCCUGCACAACGACUGGGAGCCGAUGAUGCGCCUGUUCCACAACAGCCGGGAGGUCUUCGACCGGCCGCUCGUCGUGAGCGUGCUGCGCGCGCUGCGGCGCGGCGCUGCAGAGGACUUGUCGCACUACGGCCACAGGGAGGCGCUCGAGCUGCGCGGCUUCGUGACAGCCCUGGCCGAGCACUCCCAGAGUUUCAUCGAAGACAUGGAGCCGUCCGAGCUGGCGCUGCUCUCCACAACUUUGGCCCGCUUCGGGGCAGAGAGCCGCCCCGCGUGCACGACGCUGCAGCGCCAUGCCGCGCGGCCGGAAGUCCUGCGGUCGCUGUCGGCGGUGGAGCUGUCAGACCUGCUGUUUGGCAUGGCUAGGACCGGCCACCGGCCGCCGACGAGCUGGCUGCUGCAGCUGACUGGGCGCGCCCUCGAAGUCUCCGAUGGG